AGUUCAGACAGUGCUCAGUUUCCGAAGAAACCAGCAGAAUUGUGAAAAUAGCAUGUUUAAAAUGUAAAAGUGGUAAAUGAAGGAUAUAAUAUAUCUGUCCAUGCUGGAUAUUGAUGGUUUCAUUACGUAAAUCUGUCAGCUGAAGAAAAGGGAGGCGUCACUGGAAGUAAAGCUGAUGGAGAGAGACAAAAAACUGAGCAGAGAGGCGAUGGAAAAGGUUUCAGUGGGUGUGACUGAUGGCACAGAUUCAGCCUGGAGCAUCAGAGAUCAGCUUUCUGAACAGAGAUCCAGAAACACACAGGACUCAGAGAUCAGCCUCAGUUUACUUUGUUACACUGACACUCAAGAGAGUGUGUGUGACAGUCAUGAAUCCACCAAUCAAAUCUCCACAGAGUCUUUGGGUUCAGACUGUAACGCUGAAGAAGAGCAGACACCACUUAAGACGUGCUCAGUGAAGCUGGAGUACUGCAGGAACCUAACGAAGAUGAAAAGAGAAACCACAGCUGAUGAAGAACAGAGCGAUGAUGAUGUUUUUAUCCCAUCAGACUUAAAAGAGGAAAGUGAAAUGCUGAGUGAAGUGGAGGAGAUGCAUCAGAAACCUCAUAAUGUUUCAAGUGAAGAAACGUCUUUCACAGGCCAUGAAUGUGGAACGAGUUUAGUUCAGGAAGGUCAAAAACCAUACAAAUGCCCUCAGUGUGGGAGGAGUUUUUCACAAAGAGAACAGCUUGAAAUGCAUAUGAAUGUUCACACCGGAGAGAAACCUUUUGCCUGCCAUGAGUGUGGAAAGAGUUUCACACGUCAAGGAAGCCUUAAUGUGCACAUGAGAGUCCAUACCGGAGAGAAGCCUUUCCUGUGCCCUCAAUGUGGAAAGAGUUUCAGUAUUAAACUAUAUCUUAAGAAUCACCUGAAAAUUCAUACUGGAGAGAAACCGUACACAUGCACUGAGUGUGGGAGGAUUUUCUCACAAAGAGGACACCUUGACACCCACAUGAGAUCUCACACCGGAGAGAAACCUUAUUCGUGCCAUGAGUGUGGAAAGAGUUUCACACGCCAAGGAAGACUUAAUAUUCACAUGAGAACUCACACUGGAGAGAAGCCGUUCACGUGCCCUCAGUGUGAGAAGAGUUUCAUUGGUAAACAUUACCUUAAGGAUCACCUAAAAGUUCACACUGGAGAAAAACCGUACACAUGCACUCAGUGUGGGAAGAGUUUUGCACAUAAAGGAAUUCUUAAUGUGCACAUGAGAGUUCACACCGGAGAGAAACCUUACACCUGCCACGAGUGUGGAAAGAGUUUCACACGGGCAGAGAGCGUCAAAGAUCAUCAUCUACGAAUUCACUCUGGAGAAAAGUCAAACUGUGAUCAGUAAAACAUGAUUUUGGGUUUAGAACUUGUAUCUGAUACAAGAAAGACGGUUUCAGAGUUGCUUUUAAAGUCACUUGCUCUACAUAUAUGCUCUGCCUUCUACUCAAAA